GUGUUUGGCCACAGAAAGCGAAUUAAAAUACGUGGAAAUCGCACAAGAAAUCGCCCAAUGGCAAGCAAACAGGAUAAACAAACUGCGGAGGAGACCAAUGAUUGGAAUCAAAGCGAUGACGACGACAACUGGGACGAUUGGGGCGAUGGCGAUGACGACGACGGCAAGUUUGUGCAUGUCGAGAAGCAGCCAGACGAAAACAGCGCAAAAGCGAUUAAAGAGAAGGCGAAAGUUGUUAUUGCUGAUGAUGUUGCCAGAGAUGAAGCAGCUGUUCCACCAAAUACUUCUGCCUCUUCCACCUCCAAUUCGUCCGCGUCUUCCGGCUGGGGCCUGUGGGGCGGCAAACUAAGCUCUGUGCUGAGCACAGCCAGCGAGGGUCUGGGCAAUAUCACAACGCACGUAAAUCAGGGCCUCAAUCAGAUAAUUGGUGUACCCGAUCCCGAGGAGCUGGCGCGCUUAAAUGCCGCCGAAGCGGCAGCUAACCCAGCGACAGCGAGCACAACGGCUGACGAGGAAGAAGAGGAGACGAGAGCAGCGAGACAGGAAAAUGCCAGUGCAGGAGCCGCCUUCAAUUUGGGCAUGGUGACAACGCUGGGCAGCAAGGUGCUGAACACUGGUCUGGACACGCUCGAGGGCAUUGGCAAGAAGACGAUGACCAUAUUGCAGGACAACGAUCCCAAGCUGAUGAACAAACGUAAAUUGCUGGGACUCGAUGCGUCCAGCGGGCCCAAUCUGAGUGCCAUUCUGCUCGAGGCCAAGAAGGAUGCUGACCAAAUGGAGCAAACGAUGCAACAGCUCCAGCUGGAGAAGCAGAAGGCCCAGUUGCGUUUCGAUGUGCUCUUCGAGAACUAUUGCGGCCUGGUCCACUACGAAGCCCUCGAAAUACUGUCCAAAGAGUCACGCCUGAAACUGGACACACUCCUCGAUGCGGUCAGUGGACGGGCGCUAAGUGAACUGCAGGAGACCAUCGGUGAGGUGAGGGAGCUGCUCGAGCUGGAGGACUUGGAGUGCGACAGCGAGGGCGACUAUACACCUGCUGAGCUCAACGAGCGCUUGUCGGCAACCAUUGCGGAUGCGGAGCUGGGCAUUAAAUUUGAUGAUGUAACCAGUCACUGGUCAAAGUCGCUCAGCUGGCUGGACUCCGAGGAGGCGACCGCAGCCGAUCUGGAGCAGGCGUAUGCGAGGAGCAUCAAUGCACUGAGCGAAGCCUGCGCCCUGGAAAUGUGCAAGCUGCACAAGAUUGCCGAACUGAUGCUGGUGAAACCGCAUCACAGCACUGCCAACGAGGUGGAUGGCAUUGUGCAUCUCUGCAAACAGUUCAACGGACAUCUCCAGGGGCUGACACAACGCCAUGCCGCGCUGCUGAGCAGCAAGAGCAAUGAGCAGGAUGCUGAUCACCGGGAGGAGGGCAAGGCGAGGGUUAACACCUACUUUGCCGAGAUGCUAACGGCCGUUAAAUACAUCGAGCAGGCCUACAAUCUCUUUACGCCCAUCUUACAAAUGGGCGCGGUUUAGUUUAGAACACACAGCUAAGCUUGAUUUUGUUCCAAUUUCUAUUUGCGAUAUAUAUGUAAUAAAUGCUACUCAAUUAAAGUUGUUUAUUUUCUA